UUUAUGUAUCCUAACCUUGAAGCUCCAUACUUUAAAUCUCAUAUUCGAAUUUUAAAGGGAAUGUUUUUUUUUUUAUUAUUAUUAUAAAACUCAUCCUAUAAUCUUAAAAAACUAUUCUGGAUGUUUUCUUCUUAAUAAGAUGCAUUCAAAAAAAGAAAGAAAGAAAAAGUAAUGUUCUCUCGUUUCAUUAUUUUGCUCUCAGCCAAACAUAGCCUAAUCUCUCGCAAGGUGUUCCUGGUUUCCAAUUCCAUUUAUUGGCUAUCAUCAGUUGAUUGUGAUUCUCCAGGUUACCCUUUUUUCAUUCAUUGAUUUCCAUCUUAGGUUGUCGUUGUUUCUUGUUCUGGUGAAGAUAUACAGCUCAAAAGCUCAACUUUUCUCUGCUGCAUUAUUCUCAGGUUUGCCCAAUUUGUUACAGUUCCACGGUCUAAUUUGUUCCUUUAAAGUGUCUUUCUGAGUUUUGGUCAUGGUGAACUUUUGGACACCACAAUUACUCAUAUGGGUUUCAUCAAUUUCAUUUCUUAUUCCUGCUUCGUUAGGAUUUGAUCCCGUAGACAAUUAUUUGAUAGACUGUGGUUCCUUCGCCAAUAGAUCUGUGGGUGAUCGUGUAUUUGUGGCUGAUAAUUCUAGUUCUUAUACCCUUUCAACCCCACAAAACAUUGUUGCUAGGACUAGUGUGAAUUUUUCCUCAUCCACCUCUGAUUCAGUUCUAUAUCAAACUGCUAGAGUUUUCAAUGGUAUAUCCCAUUAUACUUUCCCUAUAAAAGAACAUGGACGACACUGGAUUCGUUUCCAUUUCUUCCCUUCUGUGUAUGGGAGUUACAACAUGAGCAAGGCUGAAUUCUCUGUUUCAGCUCAGAAUUUUAUGCUUAUCAGAGAACCCCAAUUUGAGGGAGGUUCUGUGGUUAAGGAAUACUGUUUGAACGUCACUGCUGACGAGCUAGUUGUGACCUUCACCCCUUCUGCCAAUUCCUUUGCCUUUGUAAAUGCCUUGGAAAUGUUUUCACUUCCUGAUUAUCUAAUUCCUAAGGAAGCCAGUGUUAUUGGUCUGCAAGGUGACAAUAGAAGUCUGUCGGGAAAUGCACUGGAGACGGUUGCAAGGGUGAACAUGGGAAAUGUAACAAUUCCUCGGCAAAAUGAUACUUUGUGGCGUCUUUGGGUGUCUGAUGAUGUAUAUCUGUUGCACACCAAUUUAGGAACAUUUGUGUCGAGGGUCAGUGCUGUCAAUAUCACAGGGAGACCGGAAAUAGAGAAUAUUGCUCCCCUUUCUGUAUAUGGCACUGCAACUUGGUUGAACACAGAGCUGGAUCCCAGAAUGAAUGCCAACUUGACAUGGCGUGUUGAUGUCGACCCUGGUUUUGAGUAUCUGGUGCGGCUUCAUUUUUGUGACGUGGUGAGUACCUCUACUCAACAAAGCCUCAUUUUCAAUGUUUACAUCAACUCACAGUUUGCUAGUCAUCUUGAUCUUCAUUCCCUUACAUCAAACAAAUUGGGUGUUCCGUAUUAUAUGGAUGUGAUUACAAGGGUAAGUGCUAGCAGCUUGCUCAAUGUAAGUGUUGGGCCAUCUACUACAGGUGCUUCAGACCCCCAUGCCAUUCUGAAUGGAUUGGAGAUCAUGAAGAUAAACAAUCAUAGGCUCAGUCUUGAUGUCAUAGACACCAUUUCCUCAAGGAGUUCCAGGAUGAAAAUUGCUGUCAUAGUUGGCCUAGUUGUUGGGUUGUUUAUUGUUCUUCUUAUUGCUAUGGUCGUGAUCCUGCUUUUCAGGAGAAGAAGAAAGCUAUCAGAUCUGGAUUCGGAGCAAGGCGCCCAUUGUGCUAUGUAUAGAAGAGGAAAAUUUCAUACCAUGGAUAAUGAACACUAUAGUGGAACUCCUAUAUUUUCAAGCUCAAAUAUUGGUUAUCGCUUUCCUUUAGUGGCAAUUCAAGAAGCUACUGACAAUUUUUGUGAAAGUUUGAUUGUUGGGAUUGGGGGUUUCGGGAAGGUUUACAAGGGAGUACUGAGGGAUGAAAUCAAGGUGGCAGUGAAGAGAGGUGUUCCUCAAUCAGGUCAGGGUCUCAAAGAAUUCUGGACUGAGAUUGAAAUGGUGACUCAGUUCCGUCACAGGCAUUUGGUAUCUUUGCUAGGGUAUUGUGAUGAACAAGAAGAGAUGAUCAUAAUUUACGAGUAUAUGGAAAAUGGAACCCUCAAGGAUCAUCUAUACAGCUCCAAUCUUCCCAGCUUAAGUUGGAGACAGAGGCUUGAAAUUUGCAUUGGAGCAGCUAGAGGGCUUCAUUAUCUUCACACUGGUUCUGCGAAAGCAAUAAUCCACCGUGAUGUCAAGUCUGCAAACAUCCUACUAGAUGAGAAGUUCAUGGCUAAGGUUGCUGAUUUCGGGCUCUCAAAGACUGGCCCGGACAUUGAUAAAACACAUGUGAGUACAGCAGUGAGAGGAAGCUUUGGUUAUCUUGAUCCAGAGUAUUUGUCUACUCAACAACUGACAGAGAAAUCAGAUGUGUACUCGUUUGGGGUGGUUUUGUUUGAAGUCCUUUGUGGGAGACCUGUGAUUGAUCCAUCCCUUCCAAGAGAAAGGGUGAACUUAGUUGAAUGGGCAAUGAAGUUGCAGAGGGAAGGGAAAAUAGAGGAAAUUAUAGAUCCUAGUCUUCUUGGUCAGAUUAAACUCGAGUCUUUAAAGAAAUUUGUAGAGACAGCUGAGAAUUGCUUGGCAGAACAUGGCAUUGAUCGCCCCUCAAUGGGAUAUGUACUAUGGAACUUGGAGUGCGCGCUUCAACUCCAAGGGAAUGGAGAAAAACCUGGUCACAAUGGAGAGACUUCAUCACAGGUUCAACAUGUAGACUCCUCAAGCACAAGUUUACCCACGGCAGAAUUCAGCGUUGCAAGUGUUGGAGAACUUGCUGGUAUUUCCAUGAGCAAGGUUUUUGCCCAAAUGGUGAAAGAGGAAACAGGGUAGAGUUUUGUGUUAAAGUUAAAUUUGGAGUUUGCUGUUGUAUUCAUCUUGAGUCUUGACAAGCAUCUCAAUGUAGUUUUACAUUACCAAAAAUCUCAAUGCUGUUAAAAUUGAACUCUAUUUUCGUAGAUCAAAAUUUAUAUUAAUUUAAUACUUAUACAUAAAAUUAAUGAAGUAGUUAAGUUUAU